AUGAAGCGUAAGCGGAAUGUCGUGAAAGAUGCCAACACAAGCGACGUUUCAGAUGAUCUUUCAGAUGAGGUGAUUGAAGAUGUCGCCAGUCGACCAAAGGUGCGACAGUUGGAACCUAUUUUAGAUCAAUGGAUAGACAAAUAUUCGCCUCAAUCAGUUCCACAAGUUUGCAUGAACCCUCAAAAACUAAAGCAGAUUCAACAAGCAUUAAAUCGACUAGUGAAUGGCGAAAAGAGACUUUUGAUAUUGUCAGGUCCGGCCGGGUCAAGUAAAUCUACAGCCGUGUUACAACUUGCGGGACAAGUACUCGAGGGAUCAGCUUCUGAAUCUGUGAUCUCAUACGAAGAAGUUUCAGGCGCCGAGGGAGAAUUCGACGAUUGGCUUCAAGGCAUACGAUAUCGUAUUGGGAAUUCAUUACGGGUAGUUCUUGUAGAAGAAUUGCCUAAUGUAUUCCACAAGGGUACAUUGAAUCGAUUUCGAUCCGCCAUUCUGCAAUGGGUUUGCGAUACUCGACCUGUCCCACCAUUGGUGUUAAGUUUAACUGAAGUGGACGAUAUUGAUGGUGGUGGACUAACGAUCGAUUCAUUACUUCCGCGAUGGAUAUUAUCGCACCACGCGGUAGAAUGGAUUAAAGUAAAUAAGAUCGCGGCGAAGUUUAUACGGAAAUCAGUAGGGGAGGUGGUUGCAAAAGAAUCAAUACGAGGUGGUGGACUUUGGGGAAUUGGUAGAGAAAAUAUUAAUACAUUUAUUGACUCAAUUAUAGACUUAGGGGAUAUUCGAGCAAUAAUUGCAAAUUUACAAACUUGGAGUCGUUUGGGAAAACAGGUUGUAACUGAUGAAAUGUUUAGACGUGAAAAUGGGUUGGAGCUUUUCCAUUCGCUUGGUAAAAUUAUGUAUGGGUCGAUCAAAGAUGAAUCAGAUGAAAUUACACUCCAACAUGUUUUGACUCUGUAUAAUGAUCUCCUGCUUCUUGAAUCCACUGUUUUUGAGAAUUACCAAAUGUAUAACAAUGGUACCUUUCCAAUUGAAGCAGCUCAAGGAAUUUUGAGGCUGUUGGGAGACGGAGACAUUAUUCGAAUGCCUGAAGCAUCUAUCAGUUCAGUGCGGCACUCGUUUUCUCGAAUACCACGAGAUGGUUCCAUUCGUCGCGAUCGAAUCAGAUUCCCACGUCAAUAUAAAGUUAUGAGUCGAGCAAGGCAAUCGGCAAUACAAAUAUCUGAUUACAGACGAUUCAUUGGCAACAUUAGGGUCUCUUCUUGUGAUGUCAACUUAGUUGACGGGUUCUUUGUACCGCAGAUAUACAAUUCCUUUCGAUACAAGUAUCUUACAGGAAAACGAAGUAAAUACCGUUAUCGACGAAUAGGAGGCGAUAUUAGACUUUCUGGUGAUGAAGAUACGCGUCCCCUCAUGUUUGGUGAUGGAGAAACUCAAGAGGAAGAUGGUGAUCAAAUGGACCAUUUUACUUGGGAAAUCAUACAGAAAAAAUUAAAAGAAAAUGAAGAUAGCGAUGAUAAUGAAGGUGAAUUAAGUGAUCCUAUCGAAGAUAGUGAUAGCACAAUGGAAGCCAAAUUAACAGGGACACUUGAGGCAAUGUUGACAGAUGAUUCGGAUGAUGAUUCAGAUAUCAACCAAACUAUGAAAGAACAUAACGAUAACGAUAAAAAACUUGAUGAUACAUACGAUUCAUUACUGAGUGAUUCAGAUUUGGAUUUACUCAUGUCACAGGGAAUUAUUCGGCAAACAUACACAGAGAAAGUAAUAUAG